AUGCAUCUGACAGCCCCUGCCAUAGGACCUACUCAUAUCACACCCUCUACUUCACGCCCCCUUUUCUCUACAAUUCCACCCUUCCUCAACGCCUCUUCACUCCCCGUCAACCCCAUUCAUCCCCUUUUUUCCCCCCUUCUCCUCCAUUCUCCUCCCUCCACCCCCCUCCACCUCCAUUCACCCCCGUUCACCCCUCUCCACCCCUCCAUCCAACCCCCAGUGAGCCUAUCACCAGCCAGCGUGCCGUUCGCCCUCGCAGCAGCAGCCAUCGUGUCAGCAGCUCGCCUCGCCCUAUUGCGUCUCUCCCCGGCCUUCCUCGCUGCCACCAAUGCCUCCAACACACGAGCACUCUCCAACCUUAACGCCACGGACCUCAUCUGGGUGUCCCUUCUCCCGGGCAUCUCAGAGGAGCUGCUGCGCCUCUCCCCGGCCUUCCUCGCUGCCACCAAUGCAUCCAACACACGAGCACUCUCCAACCUGAAUGCCACGGACCUCAUCUGGGUGUCGCUCCUCCGAGGCAUCUCAAAGGUGCGUGCUGCUUAA